AUGUUAAGCAGUUGGACCAAACAUUUUCUUCAUUGUACCUUAUUGGUGUUUGUAAUAUCAAUAUUUGAAAUCUGGUCGGGAGGUGUUAAACUAUCAGCAGAUGUUCAAAAUACUUAUAAUUUUAAUCCAUGGGAACGCUAUGGUUUUAUUUGGUGCUUUAUGUUGUAUCUACUACGAUGUUUGACCUUCUUACCAUUACCACAAGUACUAUUGAAUUUUGGCGGUCUUACACUGUAUAAUGCUUUUCAAGACAAAGUCGUUCUAAAAGGAUCACCUUUGUUGGCUCCAUUUAUAUGCAUACGUAUAGUCACGAGAGGAGAUUAUCCUCAGUUAGUCAAAGCAAAUGUUGCCCGUAAUAUGGCUCGAUGUUUGGAAACUGGAUUGGAAAAUUUCAUUAUUGAAGUAGUGACAGAUAAAAGUAUUGGUCUUCCUGUACAUAGGCGUAUAAGGGAAGUGGUUGUUCCAAAAUCAUAUAAGACAAAGACGGGUGCACUUUUUAAAUCACGAGCCCUUCAAUUUUGUUUGGAAGACAAUGUAAAUAUUUUGGCAGAUUGUGAUUGGGUUGUACAUUUAGAUGAAGAAACCCUAUUGACAGAAAAUUCAAUUAGAGGUGUAUUAAAUUUUGUCUUGGAUGGUAAACAUCAGUUUGGCCAGGGUCUAAUAACAUAUGCAAAUGAAGAAGUAGUAAAUUGGUUCACAACCUUAGCAGAUAGUUUCAGAGUAGCUGAUGAUAUGGGUAAACUUCGAAUUCAACUUUCAAUGUUUCAUAAGCCACUUCUAAGUUGGAAAGGAUCAUAUGUUGUCACCCAAUUGGGUGCAGAGCGUCAUAUUUCAUUUGAUAAUGGCUUGGAUGGAUCAAUUGCAGAAGAUUGUUUUUUUGCCAUGCGAGCUGCUAAAGAAGGCUAUACAUUCAAUUUUGUGGAAGGAGAAAUGUGGGAAAAAUCACCAUUUUCACUAUGGGAUUUUAUCCAACAACGUAAACGUUGGCUUCAAGGUAUUCUAUUAGUAGUCCAUUCAGCGGCCAUUCCUUCAAAAACAAAAAUUUGGUUAGCUUUAUCAUGUUAUUCAUGGGUGACAUUGCCGCUGUCUACUUCUAAUUUAGUUUUAGCUAGAUACUUUCCAAUUCCAUGUCCUGCAAUCAUGGAUUUUGUUUGUGCAUUUAUCGCCGGUGUCAAUAUUUAUAUGUACAUAUUUGGUGUAGUGAAAUCUUUUUCAUUAUAUCGUUUUGGUGUCCUAAAAUUUACAUUAUGCAUAAUAGGAGCACUGUGUACUAUACCUUUUAACGUAAUAAUUGAAAAUGUUGCAGUUAUAUGGGGGCUUUUUGGCAACAAGUACAAAUUUUAUGUUGUACAUAAAGAAAUCAAACCACUUGUCACUGUGUAA